AUGGCAUCUCGUAGCGAAAGGCUUGCAAAGUUUUUUACCCUGGUUCUCAGUGGAAAGCGGCUUGUCUCAACUGUCGAGAAUUUUACGUUGCUGCUAGAAGCUAUCCAAUGGCAAACCGAUCAUGCUGCCUGUGUCGAACGAAUCGUGGCGAGCCCUCCAGCAAGAAGUGCAAUUCACGCCGGAAUUCGUCUCGAUGUCAGCCCUGAGUUUCUGAACAAUCAUACUUCUCUGUUUAUCCUUUAUCUUUCCCAGCCCAGUGUCAAGAAUAGAUGCAACGGCCAGUUUUUGCAGGAGCUGUUGGAACUCAUUUUCGAUCCGCCCACUGUUUGGAACGCCUUCAUGGGGGCGUUCCAAGAUGAACUGCUUACAGAACGAGGGAUGGAAGCUUUUGCAUGGCUGUUGAUUGAGCUGCUCGCACAUCAGUCUGUCGGCCAGAUCAAUGUGGUCGCUGACGCUCAAAAUGUGGCAGACAAUGGCGCCCUGCUCCGAUCCUUAUCCCCCGAAACUCGCAGAUAUGGUCAUAAACUGCAGCAUAUACUACAAAUCAAAGCAAGCAACAUGGUGGUUCAUAAUCUGGACUACUUUCCGGGGGGUCGACACGACAAUGACCACGCCGACUUCCGCCGUAUUGCAAUCUAUCCAACCUCCAGUGAAUUCCAUUCCAAAGAGAAACCUUUCUAUCGUCGUGCCGAUGAGAUUCUAGAGCUGGCUGAGAAUACCCGCCCAGUGAUGCAUCUCGAUAACCAGUUUCGCCUUCUUCGGGAAGAUAUGUUGUCGGAGAUACGCGAGGAGUUUCUGGCCGCUCGCGGAAAGAAGCAAAAACGCCGCACGGCCACGUUGCUCGAGAAGCUGGACUUAGUAAACGUGUUUUACGGUACUGAUAAGAGAGGCUCUCCCUGUUCUUUAGUGAUUUCGUGCCUAGGAGGAUUAGUGCAACUCACGAGCAGGGACCGUGAUGCACGAAAAGCAUUUCUCGAGAACGAACAGAGCUUUCUUCGACACAGGUCAUUUGGAUGUCUAAUAAGGGGCGAGGAGAUUGUUUCUUUCGCGAUGGUGGAUAGGCAGAUCGAUUACCUGCUCAAAAGCCCUCCUAGUGUCGUGUUACGCGUGAUAGGAGAUGAGGCUGUUAGAAAGACUUUAUCCUAUUUUAAACUUUACGACGAUAUUCGCUUUCUGCUGGUUGAUGCUCCAGUCUUCGCCUACGAGCCGAUCCUGAGACAACUUCAAGAGAAAAUCGAGCUCCCCCUCGCAGAAGAGCUGUUGGGAUUUCAACCUGUUGACGUCGUCGCUCCUUCAGGGACUAUCCCUUCAACAGUUAUUGAGUCCUUAGGCGAUCAGGAAAGGACACUGCAGGACAUACUCGGGACUGAAAAACCUCUCUCCCUAGACCCUUCGCAGAUGGAGUCUCUGCUAUCCGGGCUCACACAACGAGUUAGUCUUAUUCAAGGGCCACCAGGAACGGGGAAGUCAUUUGUUGGCGCUCUUAUAGCGAAGGCGUUGUACAAGCACAGCAAAGAGACUAUCUUGGUGAUGUGCUAUACAAAUCAUGCUCUGGACCAGUUCCUUGAAGACCUAAUGGAUAUCGGCAUUGACGAGUCGGCCAUUGUUCGUUUAGGGUCCAAGUCGUGCCAGCGGACUAAACCGCUCAGACUUUCUGCGCAGCAAGCCAUCCGCCCCCGGAAGAGCAAAGCCACCUGGAGCAUCAUUGACGGAUUGAAGAGCAAAGCUAGGGACAUUAGUGAAGAGCUUGACAUGGCUUUCAGUGCCUACUCCAGCUUCAAAUUAAAUUAUGACACCCUUCAGGAAUACCUUGAGUUCGAAGAGCCUGAGUUUUUGGAAGCUUUUGUACCACCGCGUGAUCCUGACGGAAUGACUAUUGUUGGCAGAGGCAAAAAGCCAAUCUCUAGUCAGUAUCUAUACGAUCAAUGGGCUUACGGGAAACAUCAUUCUCUACCCUCUCUCAGUCACCUUAGUGCUGAAGCUCGUCGAGUCUGGGAGAUGGAUAAGGCAAUCCGGCAAGAGAAGAUAGCAUACUGGAAAGAAAAGCUUCUUGAAGAGCAUGUGGUCAACGUUCAAGGCCUAAUAGCCAGACUGGACAGGUGCCAGAAGAAACUGGAUGAGAUGUGGAACGAGAGAACCCGCGAUGUCCUGCUAUCAAAACGAAUAAUUGGAUGCACAACAACUGCGGCCGCAAUUAAUGCGAGCGUUCUCAACACAACUUCGCCAGGUGUUGUUCUACUAGAGGAGGCAGGAGAGAUUCUGGAGUCCCAUGUCCUUACCGCUCUUGGGUCCCAUACCAAACAACUGAUUAUGAUAGGAGACCAUCAGCAACUGCGACCGAAAAUCAACAACUACGCUUUGUCUGUCGAGAAAGGCUCCGGGUACGAUCUGAACCGGUCUCUCUUCGAACGGCUUGUAGAGUCAGGAUACCCACAUUCCACCCUGGCGAAACAGCACCGCAUGGCUCCUGAGAUCUCAGCGCUGGUGCGAAGGCUGACCUAUCCAGAUCUUCUGGACGGUGACAAGACAAAGACCCGCCUAGCACCAAGAGGACUACAGAAUCGGGUCGUAUUCAUUGACCACAGUCAACCGGAAGGGUUCCUUCAUGGCGUAUCAGACAGAGACGGCGAUGGCGGCAAGGGAAGUAAGCAAAAUACUUUUGAAGUGAAGCUUGUCCUCAAGAUUGUGAAAUAUCUCGGUCAACAAGGCUACGGAACAGACAAACUCGUCAUUCUUACACCGUACCUUGGCCAACUACAUUUGCUCCGUGAGGAAUUGAGGAAGGACACAGACCCGGUUCUGAACGAUCUUGACUCGUAUGACCUAGUCCGAGCCGGCCUGAUUUCCCAUGCUAGCGCCCAGCAUGUCAAAAGACCUAUUAAGCUGUCGACCAUAGAUAACUAUCAGGGUGAAGAGAGCGAUAUCGUCAUUGCCACCCUCACCAGGAGUAACAAAGACGGCGAUAUUGGGUUUAUGUCAGCACCGCAACGGCUGAACGUGCUUCUUUCCCGUGCCCGAGAUGUCCUAAUUAUGAUCGGGAACUCGAAUACUUUCACAAAUAGCCGAAAGGGCAAAGAAGUUUGGAAGCCGUUUUUUGAUCAACUACAGACCAACGGUUAUCUGUAUGAUGGGCUGCCCGUCAAAUGUGAGCAACAUCCUCAGCGGACGGCAGUGCUCCAAACUCCGGAGGAUUUCAACAAAUUAUGUCCGGAUGGAGGAUGUGACGAGCCUUGUGGGACUAAGCUCAACUGCGGACUACACGACUGUCCCCACAAAUGUCAUCAACUUUCGGACCAUUCCAAGAUGAAUUGUCGGAAGGUCAUAGACUGGACUUGUACACGGGACCAUCGAUUUAAGAGGCCUUGUUUCCAGCAGCAUGAAUCCUGUCAUCGUUGUGCUGAAGAAGAUAAGGAACGAGAACGCCGGCGCCAGAGAGACAUGGACCUUGAGUUACAGAGCGAGCGGAAACGGCAAGAAUACGCUCGUCAGCUGGCUCAAUUACAGGAGGAGAUUGCACAUGAAAGACGGCUCCAGAAAGAGGACCGAGAUGAACAGGAGCGGCAGCGCAUUUUAUCGCAGCAUCGUGAUGAUCUUCAAAAGAUGAGAUUUCGUGCACCUGAACGCUUCAGUGUUUCUCCACAUGCUAGCAAAGUCAGGAAAUCUGGCCCAGCUACUCAAGGAACAAACUCUCAAGAAACAGUCCGUCAAGAGCCCAGCCACGAAGCAGAGCAAGCGGAGCCUAAUCGACCGCCAAGCGCAAAUAGUCCUGACGUUGAGACAGCAUUAUCAUCCGCUGAGCAAGAUUGGAAAUACCAGAAAGACUAUGAAGGAGCUGAAAGCGACGAGCUUGACAAGUUAAUGGGCAUGAUCGGCCUUGAGGGCAGCAAGACUAAAUUCCUCUCCAUUAAGUCCAAGGUUGACACUGCACUUAGACAAAACGUCGACUUGAAAGGAGAACGGUUCGGUUCAGUGCUACUGGGGAACCCAGGAACAGGAAAGACAACCGUUGCACGCCUCUACGCAAAGUUUCUCACAGCCAUGGGUAUUAUCCCUGGUAGCUCUAUCAUCGAGACUACUGGCUCCCGACUGGCGAACGGCGGCGUGUCAGGUUGCGAAAAACAGAUCAAUGGAAUACUCAACAAGGGUGGUGGCGUGCUCUUUAUCGACGAAGCAUAUCAAUUGGCGCAGACCAAUGGCCAAGGCUCUCAAGUUCUUGAUUUCCUGCUCGCAGAGAUCGAAAACCUAACCGGAAAGGUGGUAGUGGUGCUCGCAGGAUACCGCAGACAGAUGGAGAAGUUCUUCGCCCAUAACCCUGGACUACCCAGUCGAUUUCCGCACGAAUUCGUGUUUGAAGACUACAAUGAACAGGAGCUACGACGAAUAUUUGAGUACCGAAUCAAGACGAAAUUUGGCGGUCGGAUGAAGGUUGCUGGUGGAAUGGGAGGGCUAUUUUGUCGCAUUGUUGCUCGGCGUAUUAGCAAACAACGAGGUCACGAAGGCUUUGGCAACGCCAGGACGGUGGAAAAUGUCUUAGAUCGCAUUCUAGAGCGCCAGGCAAAGCGCCUUGCUGAAGAACGAAGAAAUCAGACCUUCUCUGACGAUCUGCUCCUUACCAAGGAAGAUCUCAUCGGCCCGGAACCGAGCAACGCGCUACGCAACUGUUCUGCUUGGAAGAAGCUGCAGUCAAUGAUUGGCUUGACCUCGGUCAAAGCUACAGUCAAGGCUUUGCUGGACAGCAUGCAGAGCAACUAUGAACGGGAGCUCAAUGAAAAGCCCCUGGUGGAGUUCACACUUAAUCGAGUGUUCCUAGGAUCUCCUGGAACUGGUAAGACGACAGUGGCGAAGCUUUACGGGCAAAUCCUCGUUGACCUUGGGUAUCUUUCUAAUGGAGAAGUUAUUGUCAAGAACCCAGCAGAUUUCAUUGGCAGCGUGAUAGGGGGUUCUGAGCAGAAUACAAAGGGUAUUCUAGCUUCUACCCUCGGGAAGGUCCUUGUAAUCGACGAGGCCUAUGGUCUUUACGGAGGCGGUACUCGUGAUCCUGCCAGUUCGAAUUCAAACCAGUUCAAGACGGCUGUGAUAGACACAAUCGUUGCAGAAGUCCAAGGUGUCCCUGGAGAUGAUCGUUGUGUUCUUCUACUCGGAUACGAAGAGCAAAUGAGGGAGAUGUUCCAAAACGUCAAUCCCGGAUUGUCAAGGAGGUUUUCUCCAGAUAAUGCCUUUGUUUUCGAGGAUUUUUCGGAUACUGAACUAGAACAGAUCCUCGAGUUGAAGGUAAAGGAGCAGGGCUUUGUCACGUCGGAAAAGGGAAAGAAGGUGGCCAUGGAGAUUCUGUCGCGUGCUCGCAACCGUCCAAACUUUGGAAACGCAGGAGAAAUCGAUAUCAUGUUGAAUGGCGCCAAGGUCCGGCAGCAGCAACGACGUUCAUCUAAGAAGGGAAUUCUUGCUCUCGACUACUUUGAACCGCAAGAUUUGGAUCCUGAAUAUGAUCGUGGCGAGCGGGCGGAGACGAAUAUCCCGAUGCUGUUUCAAGACAUUGUUGGGUGUGAGUCAAUCAUCAGUAAGCUUGAAGAAUAUCGCCAGUCAGUCAAGAAUAUGCGAGAAUUGGAUAUGGACCCUAAGGAGCACGUCCCUUUCAACUUCCUUUUCCGCGGUCCCCCAGGCUCUGGCAAAACGAGCACGGCCAGGAAGAUGGGCAAAGUGUACUAUGAUAUGGGUCUGCUGUCAUCUGCGGAGGUUAUCGAAAGCUCGGCAACCGAUCUAAUAGGGCAAUAUAUCGGUCACACUGGACCCAAGACGCAAGAACUGCUGGAAAAGUCGCUUGGGAAGGUCCUUCUUAUUGAUGAAGCGUACCGACUCGCAGAAGGGCAAUUUGCAAAGGAGGCUAUGGACGAAAUGGUGGACUGCAUCACUAAGCCCAAGUUCUUCCAAAAGCUUAUCAUUAUUCUGGCGGGGUACGACAAUGAUAUCAAUCGCCUUAUGACCAUCAACCCUGGCCUCACUAGUCGUUUUCCAGAGGAACUCGAAUUCAAUGGACUCGCUCCGGCCGAUUGCCUCCAGCUUCUCACCAAGUUACUCCAGAGGCGAAAGGCCGACUUCUUACCCAAAGUCAACAGUUUCGAUCUGGAUGCACUGGACUCUCCAAGUUCGUUGUUCCAAAAGAAGUUGUUGAAUAGAUUCCAGUCACUCAUCCGUACCGCGAACUGGGCCAAUGCUCGUGAUAUUCAGACGCUCGCAAAGACAAUCUUCCGAGUCGCUAUCCAGAAGAUGCAGAACAAGAACGUGUCCGUGACCGAGGAGCUUAUUCUCCGCCACGUUGACCAUAUGAUAUCUGAACGAACAAACCGAGAAGCGAAGCAGUCCGCGCUGAGAAAUCCAGUCGCCGACCUCCUACAAGCGCAGUCUUUUGGAAGUACAACGGCGCCACCAGUGUUGACUACAGUUUCAAAUCCGCCCACGCUUCACGAAGAAAAGAAAGAGGAAGAUCCCACCGCUCUGCGCUCCGAAAAUUGUUCGGAUGUUGUCCCUCGAGAUGACGGCGUCGCAGACGAUGUGUGGCACCAAUUGCAGCAGGACAAGAAAGCCGCCGAGGCAGCAGAGAAGCAGUACCAGAAGCUUCUUCGUGAAGAACGUGCAGCUGAAAAUGCUGUCGCUGAGCUACCGGAUCCGCCAGUAGAAGCUUCCGAGCCCGACGGCGAGGCCAAGAAACAGCAUGAACGAAGACGUCUCGAAGAGCUGAAGAGACGCGCCGAACUAGAAAUACUACGCAAGAUACGUGAGGCAGAAGAACAGGCUAGACGCAAAGAGCAGCAGCUCCAGCAGAAGCUGCGGCAUAUGGGCAGGUGUGUUGCAGGGUUUCAGUGGAUCAAGCAGGCAACUGGGUAUCGAUGCGCUGGAGGAUCGCACUUUGUUUCGAAUGAAGCCUUAGGGGUUUAG